AUGUCUGGUCCGAUUGAGAGCCUGAUCCACAAUCUCCGCCUCAAGGAACUCAGCGUAGGUGGGAAAUGGCGCCUGAUGCUCUUCGCGGCCGUGACAAUCGCGUACACGCCCUCUCAGCUCGGCCCCGUUAUGGCUUUUGCUGUGACUUCUCAGACUCUCAACGUCACGCGCAUCUUCACUUCCAUGGCAUACCUCAUGCUCUUGGCCGGUCCGCUGGGCAGCCUGUUCCAGACCAUUCCGCAACUGGUUUCGGCGUUCGCCUGCUUGGGUCGUAUUCAGGCGUACCUAGAUAAAGACAGCCGCAUCGACUACCGCAAAACGCCCGAAGCCCCGCGUUCUUCAAGUUCGGAAAGUGAUGAACUGCAUGCUUCAUCAAUAACGGUGAAGCAAGCGUCGUUCGGGUGGGCUGAGGGGAAGUACGUCUUGGACGAGAUCGACGUACUCGUCCCUGCCAACUCCCUCACUAUCAUCGUAGGGCCUGUGGCUUCCGGUAAGUCGACACUGCUGAAAGGUCUCCUCGGUGAGAUCUCAUUUCAUUCCGGCAACGUGGUUUUCAACGUCAACCAUCGCAGGGUAGGCUACUGCGACCAAUCUCCAUUCCUCUACAACAGCACGAUCAAAGCCAAUAUUAUUGGGCACUCCGGACUGGGCCCCGAACGAUAUCGCCAAGUAAUCGACGCCACGAUGUUAUCUACCGAUUUUUCAUCGCUACCCAAAGGCGAUCGCACCAAAAUCGGCAGCAACGGGCUAACCCUUAGUGGUGGGCAGAGACAACGAGUGGCUCUCGCGCGCGCCUUGUACCUUGAAUGUGACCUGCUCAUCCUGGACGACGUUCUGAGCGGCCUCGAUGCGACCACCGAAGAGCACGUCUUCAGCCGGGUCUUCGGAAACGCAGGUAUCGUUCGCCAGAGGCGCAUCACGGCUGUGCUGUGCACGCACUCUGUGCGCCAUUUACCACUGGCGGACCACAUCAUCGCACUCGGUGUCGACUGUACUGUAGUCGAACAGGGAUCCUUCGCAGACUUACAGACCAACGGCAAAUACGUCCAAAGCCUCAAGAUCCAAGAGGCUGAGACUACCCCUGAAGAAAAGAGUGAGGCGGCAAACCAGCCUGAGGAGGCACCCCUAGCGCAAACAGUGACUCAAGUCUCCGACUUGGCGGAAGAACCAGACAAGGCACGUCAACUUGGCGAUGUAGCAGUCUACAGGCAUUACUUUGGCAGCAUGGCGAGAUGGGUGAUCGCCGUCUUCGUCUUCUGGUGCUGCGCCUACGCCUUUUGCAUGAACUUCCCCACCGUCUGGCUCAAAUUCUGGUCCGAGGACAUCACCGCCGAGACACCGAAGCGUUCCGGCGCGUUCUACAUGGGCAUCUACGCCCUUCUCCAGAUCAUGUGCCUGGGUUCCCUGAUGGUGGUCGUCUUCAUCAACACGCAGACCAUGAUUUCGCAGUCCGGGUCGAGCUUACACCAACGUGCCCUGCGGACGCUCGUCGGCGCGCCUUUGAGGUUCUUCGCGACGACUGACACGGGGACGGUGACGAACCUGUUUGCUCAGGAUCUUGCGCUGAUUGAUAGCGAGCUGCCGAUGGCACUGAUCAAUUUCUCCGUGUUGCUUUUUGCCGCUGUGGGUAUGGCUGUCGUUAUUGCCGUCUCGUCGCCGUGGUUGGCGAUCAGUUACCCCUUUCUUGUGGCGAUUCUGUACUUUGUGCAAAUGUUUUACCUCCGGACCUCGAUGCAGUUGCGUAUUCUGGAGCUCGAAGCAAAGAGUCCUCUCUAUUCCCAUUUCAUCGAUACCCUCAAGGGUUUAGCGACGCUGAGAGCUCUUGGUUUCAUCUCCGCGGACAUCACAAUCAAUAGCAACCUCCUCGACACCAGCCAAAGGCCAGCGUACCAGCUCGCAAUCAUCCAACGCUGGCUGCAGCUGGCCCUCCAGCUACUCGUAGCUGGUCUUGCGACCAUCGUGGUGACGCUGGCGACGCAACUGCGAGCCAGCUCUGGAUUCACGGGAGCAUCUUUAGUAACUCUCAUGUCUUUUGGUGAUACCCUGACUACAAUCGUCCAGUCUUACACCAUGCUGGAAACAAGUAUAGGAGCAGUGGCGCGCCUAAAGACGUUUAGCGACACGGUGACACCGGAGACCGGACCUGACGAAGAUAUGAUUCCCAAGGAAAGUUGGCCUGAGAAGGGUGCGAUCGAGAUAAAGGCAGUAUCGGCGUCUUAUGGAGUCUCCAGGGAUCAGCUGGGCUCAGGGGCCGAGGAGAAGCCACCUGCCGAUCUAGCCAUUCGGGAGCUUCACCUCUCGAUCAGUCCAGGCGAGAGGGUAGCGAUAUGCGGAAGAACAGGGAGCGGAAAAUCAUCGCUCAUUCUCUUGUUGCUUCGCCUUAUCGAGACCCUGCCUGGAAGCGCGGGCGGUAUUGUGGUGGACUCCAUGCCGCUCGACAAGGUCGAUCGCGAUGCUCUGCGGCGCCGCAUCAUAGCCGUAUCGCAGGACGCCAUCUUCCUCCCCGACGGCUCGACAGUGAGAGAUAACCUCGAUCCGUUCGACGCAGCCACCGAGGCGGAGUGUCUCGAGGUUUUGGAGCAAGUCGGAUUACUCGCGGGGAUACAAGAGCGAGGCGGUAUCGGUGCCGAGCUCACUGCGGAGUCUUUUAGUCAGGGGCAGAAGCAGCUGUUCUGUCUGGCUCGGGCGGUCUUGAGGAGGCGGGUGAAGAGCCGUGGUGGUACUGAAGGGGGUAUUCUUCUGCUUGAUGAGGUUUCCUCGAGCGUUGAUCGGGCUACGGACCUUGUUAUGCAGGAGAUUAUUCGAAAGGAGUUUGAGGGGUAUACGAUCAUCAUGGUGUCGCAUAGAUUGGACAUGGUGCUGGAUUGUCAUACGGUUGUAGUCAUGGAUAAGGGUAGUGUGGUCGAGAAAGGGGCGCCGCGAGUGUUGAAGGAUCGGGAGGGAGGUAUGUUUAGAGAGUUGUGGAACAGUAGUAGGACGACGGAAUGA